UUACAGUACUGUACUGAAACAAUGGAGGGGAGGGGUGGGGAGACGGUGGCGGUUGUGAAGACUCGCGUCGCGAAAAUGACCUCACUGGCUGACUGGAAUCCGGCUUCUGACAAGCAUGUGGCUGGGCUGGGUCAGCAUCACCAUCACCAUCUUACGCCUCACCAACACCACUAUUGCGCACAUCAUAAUCUUCAAGAUGAAGGCAUAUAUUGCAGUGCCGGUGACACUGGCUAUGGUGGUCCGCGCCUACUCACACAAGUCGCUGACGCCAGCGGGGAUUAUCGCAGCAGUGUUGACAGCUGCUGCCCACGCCGUGCAUCCAUGGAGCUUGCCUUUCGCACUUCUGAUUGUGUUCUUCCUAGCUGGAACGAGAGUUACGAAGGUCAAGCAUGAUAUUAAGGCAAAGCUAACGAUGUCUGCCACGGGCAGCUCUGGAGGUGAAGGCGCAAGGACACAUGUGCAAGUCCUCGCGAACUCCGGAGUCGCAUCAGUCCUUACUCUCCUCCAUGCCUACCAACUGUAUACACGAAACAAAGGCGUUGUAUUGAGAAGCUCGACAUGCUAUUCGUGGCCUGGAGAUCUACUUGUUGUGGGGAUCGUGGCGAACUAUGCUGCUGUGGCAGCAGACACAUUCAGCUCGGAACUAGGUAUAUUAUCAAAGAGCAAGCCUCGUCUUAUCACGUCCUGGAACCUGCGAGAAGUGCCCCCAGGAACAAAUGGUGGUGUGACAUUACACGGACUGGCGUCUGGAUUGUUAGGUUCCCUAGUUAUCGUUGCUGCUUCUGUGGCUUUGAUUCCAUUUUGCGGGCCAAAGGUAGGAGGAUGGGGAUUAAAUGCGAGAAAUCGAUUCGCGUUCGCUAUGGCUAUAUGGGGAGCAUUAGGUAGUGUGUUGGAUAGCUUACUUGGAGGCUGGCUGCAACAGAGUGUGGUUGAUACACGUACAGGACGAAUCGUGGAAGGAGAUGGAGGAAAGAAAGUGCUAAUUUCGACGGGAGGACCUAACAGCAUGCAUUACAAGAAACGAGCAGAGGUCAGAGCAAACCUGCUCAACGAGGGCGAAGGCAAGGACGCCAUACUCUCCCAGGAUACGACAAAUACCAAAGUCGAGCAGGAACUAGAUGAGAAGAUGGGAGGAAUGGAUAAAUAUGAUGCGAACAUGAAAUGGCGGAAAUCUAGCUUUGGAGACGAGAAGCCGAGUCGGAUCGUGGAGGCUGGCACGGUCGGUAUACUAGAUAACAAUGAGGUUAAUUUCCUCAUGGCUCUUACGAUGAGCUUGGGGGCUAUGGGCGUGGCGAGCUGGUUUUGGGACGUCCCUUUCAGCAGCAUUUUAUCGGCAUAGAACGAAAUCAUACUAUUAUUUCGAACCAGAAGAUAAUCAAGAAUUUGCAUUAUCCUACAGCUACUACCUGGAAUACCUGCAUCAAAAUACUAACAGCAAUAACAUAAUCUCCCCAAGGUCUAGCCUCCCAAAUCAUACCGGCAUAAGUAUGCCCUGUCCACAGAUUCUUAUCACAUUUUGUUCCUUGUUUUGUUGCCAUUCUUUAGAACGUCUGAAGUGCUUUCCUGUUAGAUUUUUGUUUUUGACGAGUUAUUUGGACUACAAGUCGAUUCGAUACACCCUUUGAACCCGUUCAGUAGAAUUUCAGCGAUUCGAUUGUUCUAUGCCUCAACAACUUCUGCUUCUUCAUCAGUUUCGGUAUCGGUUUCAGAGUCGGUUUCUUCACCCAUGACUUCUCCGUCUAUUACUCGUCAGUGUUGAUAUCUUCAUUUGCUGGAAGUACAUACCUGUAUCAAUGUCAGGGAGAUCGUUCACGUUGUUCGAGGG